AUGGCAGCAGUAACGGCGUCCGCUGCCGCGGGGAAGAGCGCAAAGUCCUGCAAGAAGUACCGCACGGUGAAGCGGCACGCGAGCAUCUACACCUACCAGGAGCCGCCCCACAGUAACUCGGACAACGAUUAUGGCGAGGAGAAGGCUGACAGCCACGACCCGGAGCAGAUCUUUCAAAACAUACAGUACCAGAAGGAGAUUAUGUCCAACAUCCGCUGCAGGCCGUGGCCGAUGAGGCAGAAACUGAGGGCGCUCAGACAAGCUAAAGAGAUUGUGCUAAAGUAUGAAGGAAGACUCACUAGAACAAGAGGGUACCAAGCAGCUGGUGCCGAGCUUUGGAGGAAGUUUCUUCGACUCGCAUAUAAUUUUGUGGUGAUAUUCAUUCCUUGGGAAAUGAGAAUAAAGAAAAUAGAGAGUCAUUUUGGGUCUGGAGUGGCCUCUUACUUCAUCUUCUUGAGAUGGCUGUUUGGAAUCAAUAUUGUACUUACCAUAAUGACAGGAGCAUUUGUAGUCUUACCAGAGCUACUGGCCGGAGAACCGUUUGGCACCACAGUCAGCAAGACCAUUCCCAAGGAGCGUAUUGCAUCUGCUCAGGAUCUGGACACCAUCUGGUCACUGGGGGGCUACCUCCAGUACUCGGUUUUGUUUUAUGGCUACUACGGUUGUGACAGGAAGAUUGGGAAGGCUGGGUACAGGCUGCCUCUUGCUUACUUCCUUGUUGGAAUGGCAGUGUUUGCUUACAGCUUUAUCAUUCUCUUAAAAAAAAUGGCAAAAAACUCAAGAAUGAGCUUAGCGAGUGCCUCUGAUGAAAAUUAUACUUUCUGCUGGAGACUGUUCUGUGCCUGGGACUACUUAAUAGGAAACCCUGAGGCUGCAGAAAGCAAAGCUGCUGCAAUAGUUAAUAGCAUUAGGGAAGCUAUAUUGGAAGAGCAGGAGAAGAAGAAAAGCAAAAACCUGGCUGUGACUAUAAGCUUAAGGAUUAUUGCAAACAUCCUUGUGCUGCUGUCCCUUGCUGGAAGUAUUUACAUCAUUUACUUCGUUGUGGAUCGAUCCCAAAGGUUAGAGCGCACCAAAAAGGAAUUGACUCUUUGGGAAAAAAAUGAGGUAAGCGUAGUUGUGUCGCUGAUCACAAUGAUUGCACCCUCUGCUUUUGAACUUGUGGCAGCUUUAGAGAUGUAUCAUCCAAGGACCACUCUUCGUUUUCAGCUUGCCAGGGUUCUUGUUCUGUAUCUGGGAAACCUCUACAGUUUAAUCAUUGCCCUUCUGGACAAAGUGGACAGUAUGAGUGUCACUGACUCUGAAGUUAACAGCAAUGCAAGUAAUUCUACUGCCUUCUUAGCAACCAAAACUCUUCCUGACAAAGACAACUUAUCUACAACUAUUCCUGGUGUACAAAUUAAGGGAAACAGCAGUGUAACACUGGAAGACAGACGCACCCAAAACUUGACAGGUUCUGACUCGGUUAACAAAACAAUUUCUUUUGACUAUAAUAAUCCGAAUCCACAGGAUCAGUGCUGGGAGACAUAUGUUGGUCAAGAAAUGCUGAAGCUGUCAAUUAUCGACAUGAUUUUCACAGUUGCGAGCAUCUUGCUAAUAGAUUUUUUCCGUGGACUCUUUGUCCGGUAUUUAAGCGAUUGUUGGUGUUGGGAUCUAGAAAGCAAAUUUCCAGAAUAUGGAGAAUUCAAAAUUGCAGAGAAUGUACUUCAUUUGGUCUACAACCAAGGAAUGAUCUGGAUGGGAGCCUUCUUUUCACCUUGCUUACCUGCAUUCAAUGUUCUCAAAUUGAUCGGACUCAUGUACCUGCGGAGCUGGGCUGUAUUAACGUGCAAUGUGCCGCAUCAGCAGGUUUUCAGAGCGUCCCGAUCCAAUAAUUUCUACUUGGCCAUGUUGCUGUUCAUGUUGUUCUUAUGCAUGUUACCAACAAUUUUUGCUAUCGCUCGAUAUAAGCCAUCUUUAAGCUGUGGUCCCUUCAGGGGACAAGAAAAAAUAUAUGAUAUUGUUUCAGAAACAAUUCAAAACGAUUUUCCUGCAUGGUUCAACACAGUGAUUACAUAUAUCAGCAGUCCUGUGGUUGUCCUCCCUGCACUGCUACUUCUAUUCAUGCUAAUUUACUACCUACAAAGUAUUGCAAGAUCAUUGAAAUUCACCAACAAUCAACUGAGAAUGAAGAUACAAACAGAAAGAACUGAAGAUAAGAAAAAGGUGGUUCAAAUGGCAGUAGCCAGAAUGCAGAGCAUGGAUGGGAAUGACAAGAGACCAGAGCAAGAAAGUGAUAUUAUUAGUCAAGAGUCUUCAGUUCGGUCGUCAACUCCCCGAAAAAAUGGCAGUGUCUUGAACUUCGAAUCUCCCGUGAGCAAAGGCACGAGAAUACAAACCAUUUCCCAGUCUGUUGCCCAAACUGUGCCCUCAGCUGAUGCAGCAAGGCCUAUCAAUGCAACUCCGACUACUCCAACCUCUUUAACACCCGCUCCCUCAGUGCCGAGUGUACAGAAGCCAAGAAGUGACCACAUCACAAACAGGUACACAAGCAUUGUGCAUGGGAGUGCAGGUGAGCUUUGCAAAACAAAGCCCUACACACCAGUCACUUUCAAAAAGCACGUUGAAGAUGUUCACUCUGAGCCUCUCUUCAGAAAGGGCAUUCGACAGGUAAAUCCAGAUGCUCUUGGGGCAGGAGCUCCUGUUUUUGUGGGACGUAGGCCAUAUGCUACCAGAUAUUUUCUUGUUAAUGAACACGAGUCCCGCAAAAAGCUGCUCCGUUCUACCUCCCGACUCCCAAGGCGCUUCCGAAUGGAUGAGGCGGGAGAUAUUAUUGAGUUGUAUCCGCGCAAUGUCAGAAGAUACGUGGUUCGGACACCACACCAGAUGUAUUCCCCCCAUCCCAGUGAGGAGGAGGAUGAUGAAGAGGAUUUGAGGAGAGACUUAGUGAGCAGAAGCCAUCGUCCCCGCUCACUGUCUGAUCUUCGCCCAGCACCCCGCUUUUACAUUGGGGAACAUGCUGAUGGCCACGUUCUUAUGGGCAAGGAUAUAGCCAAGGUGCAUUACAAAUCCUGGGAUGAUGGCUUUGAGCUAGAUGUGGAUAGGCCCCCAUACGCUUACAAAAAAGUACACCUGAAAAAUGUUGAAGUUGACCAGCACUAUCCUGAGCAACGUGUGAAACCUAAGUCAAAGCAUAAACUAGAACAAUCUCCGACAGAAUCUGAUUCCAUGUCCAUUGAAUCUAGCAGCGAUCCGCAGAACAGCGGCAAUGACCAAUACAUCCAGGUCAUUCACAGCAAGGAAAAAUACCUGAAACCUGGAGCAAAGCUCACAAAAAAGAAAUCAAAAAACAGUGUUGAUCUAGAUACAUCUGAGCCUAAUGAACUGGUAUGCUCAAAUGUCUGAGAGCUCCAUGUCAUCUUUGUGCUUUG